AUGUCUGGCCAACGGCCACCGUCGUCGUUGCCGUCGCAGUCGCAGCCAUUCCGCUUCUGGCUUCCCUACAGAAGCAAUGUGGGAUCGUGGCGGCAGCAACCACGGCCGCCGGCGCAGCCAAUGCCAUCGUCGCCUCGACCUCGACCACCUACGCCGCCGCCACCAACUCCGGCAGGUCCUCCGCCGCAGCGGUCGGCGCCACCCGCCGUGGUGGAAGAUAUCCCUCUCCAAGCCGAGUCAUCCGAUGAAUCGGGCACGAUCCCAGUCCAAAGUUCAGACUCGUCGCAGCUGCGAGGAGGCAGGCCGUCAGUGGCCGACCUGGAGCUGACGCUCUCCGGAGAACCGCCCACCGGCCAAGAACAGAUCUCGGGCAGAGUCGAUGCCAACCGCGGCAGCGACACCAAGAUCGCCAUCUCCGGCUUCCCGCGGUCGCGCCUCUUCGACGGCGCGCGCGCGCCGUACCGGCGGGAGAUCGAGGACGGCCUCAAGAGCCUCGCCGCGCGCGAGACGCCGGCGCCGCCGAGGCCGGAGAGCGGCCAGGGGUACCGCGUCGUGACGCUCGCCGGCCACAACGUGGGCGCGAGCAUGGUGCUGGGCAACGCGCCACCGCCGAGCACCGCGGAGCCGGAGCCGCCGGGCUCGACGCCGAGGGUGGCCGCGAACGUGAACAGCAACGUGCAGAGCGUGAACAACUCGUCGAUGGAGGGGAGCACGCUCAGCGCCGGCAGCCCCGGCGUGCACGUGGACAUCAAGAACGCGCGGGAGGAGCCGGAGGUGGCGACGCCGACGCCGGCCUCGAAGGAGGAAGAUAAGCCAAAGGAGCCCGCCGUGCGAAGACCGCCGCUCGUUGUGACGCCGCGGGAAAAGAGCGCGGCGGCAGGUGGCGGCGAGGCGGCGAGGCGGAGGCGGAGGCAGUGCCUGCGCGCGCUGAUGAUGGAGAGCGGGAGCGACACGGAGGCGCCGCGGAAGCCGAGACCCGGCGCCUGCCGGUUCCAGUGCGUAGCGGAUCAUGCACCGCCGCUGGCGACGGCGAGCAACGGCGGUGGUGCUGGCGGUAAGAGCGCGGGGGAUGGCGGGAAAUCAAACACGGAAGAGGCAGCACGCUGA